GAGAUAAUCGCUUUGGCGCCGCUUUGAAUGUCAUAAGCAAGCAUUAAUAGCACUGGGGAAUGUCCGAGCUUGGGGAGUUUAGUUCGCCUCAUUCGGAAUCGCAGUUAAUUGAGGUUGAGGUACAUCAUGUGGGUGUCACAGCUAAACUGCAGUCGCCUCUAAGGAAAUUGCUACCCCAAUUAAACAGCUCAACGGAAACUGAACUGUUCAAAGACCCCAAAUCCCAGUACAAUAUGUUGGACAACGAAGCACAGGGCGAUACCACCACAACGGUUCAGUCCAGUCCCUCCCAGGUGCUUUACGAGAUGCAUGCAGAGCCACAGCAGCCAAUGAUUCGUCCCAAUCGUAUCGAGUUCCAACGCUAUACGCGUGUCAAGCGAGCUCGAUUUACGGUGCCACCGCCAAGAAAGCGCACGAGCAGAGCGAAAGGACACCAGACGAGGCAAGAGCAGCCUGUGCAACGGCCUGGCUUCCUCGAUCGCUUAGUCGCCUCGCUGGACAACAUGUGUAAAUGCCAGCCGCAGCAUGCGCGCAACAUUAUUGAUGAUUUGCCAUCACCCAAGUGGAAUGUAAAGGCAGCAACACGUCACACUUGCAUUGGCAUCUAUCCUUUUGAGCAUGGCUGUGCGGAUUAUCUGAGUACGACGGACACACAUCCCAAGAUUAAUUCCAUUGUACUGGCGGAUCGGGCGACAACAUAUGCCACACAUUUUUGGGCGGAGUUCUUUGGCCUGCUGCACAUUGGCGUCGCCUUUGUGGUGGCCUUUGUGCUCCAAUGCUAUCGCUUUGUACUGUACUCUUUAGUCAACACUCUUCUCGUUGGACUGCUGCACAUGACAUCCGAUUAUUUGGUCAAACCAGCUUUGACGGUGGCCUUCAAUGGUUUCCUGCAGCCGCCAAUGAUUUUUCUAUAUAAUAUUAUGUGUUCGUUGCGUGAUAUUCUGGAACCCGUGGCGGACACUUUGAGUAACUUCAUCAAGCCGCUGGCGAUCUUGGGAGGCAGUAUUCGUUUGAUCAAUGUCAACUAUCGCAGUGUGCGACGUCUGGCCAAGGAUGUGUGAUACUAUUAAUACCAUGUUUUAGUUUCAAAUUGUUUCAAUUGUUUUGAGUUUGUUUUUAAAUGGAAAAUCGUUUGUUUCAUUCCACUUUGUUUCACACCCCUCGUCGGUAGGCGGAGCCAGCAAAACAAGCUGUUCUCGGAGCAGACAACAGGAGAGGAUUACCUUGCUGUUGCUGCUGCUGCUGCGACACAAUCUUACGCAUGUUUGGGUAUAUAGCAAGAGGAUCGGGUUACAUUGUUUGCUCUCCUCCUGUUCGUAGCCAUAACGACCUGGACUCUGGGUACAAUGAAUAUCCCGGGCAAACUUUAAGGGUGCGUUACUCAGCGAGAACUGCGCUCAAUUACGUUGAAUGAAACAUUUAUGAUUUAUUUGCUCAUUUUGCGGCUGCAUCCACAACGGGUGACGGAGAUCGGGGAACGCAACAUAUGCCCAACUACAACAGCAAUCGUGAUUGUUUUAAAGCGACUAAUUGUAUCCCAGGAGAAUUUUCUGAUAUGCUUAAUAAUUCACAAUUUGUUCUAAUAUAGACGCUCAAAAACCAGUUUACCACAUUUGGUUUGCUUAAUUGGAAAACAUAUACAAUAAACAUUUAAAACGAAUCAUGAAAAUUAGCAUA